GAUAAGAGGGGCGUGUUGUAUUUUUGUUGUUGUUCAAAUGUUAUGUUACCACCAAGGACUCUAUGGUUUUACACUUUUCUUUGUGGUUUAACGACGACAGUUAUUUAUUUAUUUAUGUGUCCAAUUCUAAAUGGAACUGGGAUUCGCUUUACUCCCAAAAUGGCUUCGAAACACUGUCUUUUAUAUUUGAUGGGCACCGUCAAUAUUUGUGACUUCUCCGGUACAAACAAAUGUAAACGUUGACAGGCAUCGCUUAUUUUCAUGUGUGUUUUGCGCCCGCAGCUGUGCGGAAGAACCCGUGACGUCCCACUGACGUCACGCGAGAACGCACAGGAGUGGAGUGGUUGAACAACGUUAGCGACCGUUAUACGCGGUGACAUUGGGCAAUCGAGGCGCUAAGGGCCACAUUGGGGUUGCACGCACCCACCAAGUUCUGCGACAGAAGGACUACAAAAGGAAACGAAAGAUGUAGAUUGGUUUCAAAAGCUCCCUGGAACACUCUACAGGCUAUGAAUUCCCCUGAGUAUGGGGAAGCUUCAGAUGAAAAAAUGCUUGUAAAAGAACACAAGCAUGGGAAAAAAGACAAGACUGAGGACUUUGCUUGUUGUGAGGCACCUGGUGAGCAUGGAGGAGGAUCUCCUGGGACCCACGAGGCUGGUAAACGAACUUCUUCAGAAAUGGAACCAGACUUCAAGCAGCUGUCAAGCGGCAAGAGAGUCAAAGUUGCACGAGAGAUGAGGCAGCAGUUGGCAGAUGAGAGCAGCAGACAUGAGCCUCUGUGUCUCAGCACAAGCGGAGAGACAAGGGAAAACCUCCAUGGCAAAUCCAGAAUUUCUUACAGAAAGCCUCUCUUCAGUAUCUCCCACAGAAUCUUAGAGAAGAAGAACACUCCGAAUCUAGAGCAGCAAGCAGGUCAAUGUCCUGGAAAUCCGCUGAACUACAGCAGCCUCUUCUCCUCCUCUCUCCUAAGUUCCCAGGAAAAUGGCUUUUCUGAGGCUUUUCCAAGCGUGGACAAUUCAGGCCAAGCGUGGUCAGAAGACUCAAACAUUUACCCUUUAAUUGAAAAAAUGUUUUUCAUUCUCAAUAGCCUCAGUUCCAGCAUGACUCAACUGCACAGCAAAGUGGACCUGUUAAGUAUGGAAGUCAUGCGAAUUAAGAAGCAGAUCAAACCAGCGGAGAUGGUGGCAGAAUUCCAGCCUCCUCCUGAGUAUCUGCUCACAAGUGAGGAGUUGAACCCUCUCAUGGAGCAGACAUCCAGUGCUGGAGAGCUGGGGUGUCGUUUACUCGUGCAUCUCUUCCCUGAGCUGUUCAAAGCCAAGGACUGCUCCCAUGAAUGCAUGGCAAGCAAAAGAUCCCUGGAGUCUUUACAUUUGCAGCUGAUCCGCAACUACAUAGAGGGAAGCUAUCCCUCAGUCAAGAACAACAGUGUUUGGAAGGGAGAGUGCCUCCCUCAGAUUAAUGACUUCUUUAAUCGCUUCUGGGCCCAGAGAGACAUGGAGAGCGCUCGACUGCUCAAGAAGCAGACAAUGGUGGGAGACGGAAUAAAAGCAGAGCGUUCUCCAACCUAUCAUUUCAUAAAUGAGCAGGGUCAGGAGGAGCACCUCUCUCAAGACAACCAGCAGGGCAGCUUGGUUGGAAUGUUCAACAAUCAAGCCACAGAGGAGCUGGACGAGCUCUCCUCCCCGGAAGACUUUGUCAUUUUCCUCAUGCAUCGACUAUUCCCUGAGCUUUUUGAAGAAGGUAAUAAAGUGCCAGAGGGCUCAAACUGUUUAAACAGUGUGGGUCAGCUGAUUCUAGACUCGGACAGGAUGGAAAUCAUCAAAAAGUACAUGGAAACAAAUUUUCCAAACGUGCCUGAGGAGAGCUGGCUUCAGGUGUGCAUUCAGCAUCUGGAGGAUGCACUUGAUAGUCCUCACAGCAAUGGCAAUGGAAGUGAACCUGAAAACAUAAAUGAUGAAAGCUUUGACCCGGUGAGCAUGUUCGAGGACGUUUCUGUCCUGAGGAUUCCAGAGAUGUGUGACAAUGAAAGGCCCUCGCGCAAGUCCAAAAAGUCACUGCUAUCCCCUAUAGAUUUUGACAAUCUAGAGAUGCCCAUACCAGACGUUACUGUUCCCCAUGAGUUUCUCUUGUCCAAGGAGCAGUUGAAGUAUAACUAUGAAUGUAGUUUGUCCAUUGGGAACUUUGCAUCCCGGCUGCUGGUGCUCAUGUUCCCUGAGCUCUUCACCCAUGAGAACACCCGGAAGCUGUACAACUGCAGCGGUUCGCUCGGGAAAAAGCAGCUGGAUCCCUUACGUGUGAACCUGAUCCGCCAUUAUGUGCAGUUAGUCUACCCACGGGCCAGGAAUGACCGAGUGUGGAUGCUGGAGUUUGUGGGCAAACUUGAUGAGAGGUGCCGGAGACGCGACACGGAGCAGCGGAGAUCCUACUUGCAGCAUCGCAAAGUGUAUGGUCACGAUGCAGAGCCAGACUUUUUCCUGAACCAGAUCCACCCGGACGGCCUGAAGGAGGAGCCGGAAAUUCCCACGUUACCUCCUGAGAAAAGCAGUAAAGACUUUUGCAAAAUUCCUCUGGAUGAACUGAUCGUUUCCAAACCUGACUUCCCAGUUCCGCCAGCUUACCUGCUCUCAGACAUGGAGGUUCGUGAAAUAGUCCAGCAGAGUCUCUCAGUUGGCAACUUUGCUGCCCGACUGUUGGUGCGCCUCUUCCCGGAGCUCUUCACGCAGGAGAACCUGCGGUUGCAGUACAACCAUUCAGGGGCCUGCAACAAGAAGCAGCUGGACCCUGCACGCCUCAGACUGAUCCGUCACUACGUGGAAACGGUGUACCCUGUGGAGAAAAUGGAGGAAGUGUGGCACUACGAGUGCGUGCCAAGCAUCGAUGAACGCUGUAGGCGCCCCAAUCGGAAGAAGUGUGACAUUCUGAAGAAGGCCAAGAGGUCAAAUUCUGUGUUGUAGUGGCAGCCCUCCCUUGAUACACACACACACACGCGUCAUUUUUGCACAGCAUAUAAGCUUAACUUUACAAACCUGUCCUUUUUAGGAUGAAGCCAACAACCCAUCACGUUUCUUCUACACAACUCCUAGUCCCACUUAACCUUUAGGCAACGGCUCUAGAUGUAUGAUUUAUACUAGUCUUGUUGGAUAGACACUUUCAAAAGCCUCCAUUUUAAAAAGCCAAAACUGUCCUAGCUUAUCUAACAUUGUUGGAGCCCUCGAAAAUAAUAAGGGUAGUUCAGAGCAUACUUUUCUAUAUGAGCAGAAAUAGUUUUACCUGUUUUAAUAACAUGCUUAUAUUAAGCCUUGUUAUAGCGGUUUAUAUUAUAGAAAAUUUAACUUGACAGUGGUUGAGCACUUAUUUCUAAUAAAAUCACAUGACAUUUUGGGUGUUUUACACUUCAAUUGCUGCACACUCCUGUUCAGGCAUUUAGGCAUUCCUGUUCCAUGGUACACUAAGUCAAUAUUGCCAGCAAAAAAGUUGAUACACUCGUUAUAAGCCUAGCCAUCAAACAAUGCAGAGUUCAUCAAAGUGCACAUUUAUUGGUUCGCAGGAAAAUGCAGAGUCAUGAUUUUGUUUUUUUCUUCAUGUGUAGAAACCAGAAUAGUUCAUCAUCUCAGUUGCCUCUGUACCCGUUUUGUCCUUGUAGUGCCUUAACUGGCCAACGGUAUUGCAGUCAGAACGGUCAUAUUUGACUUCAAGGCUUAAAGGCCUCAUCCUUGGGAAGCGCUAUUAACUUCCAGCGCCUUAUAGAAACUUUGUACUUUUCUGCAUUACUGGAUUCACCCAAAACCUUUUUCAGGACAACUCUCAUGAAAGUAACAGUGUUGGUAUCUUGGUUCUCUGACAUCACCAGGUCCAAAGUGUCCCCAACUCUCACCUAAAUAUAGUACGAGAUUGUCAGAACAAGCAACAACAGUGGUAGGUACACGCCAUUGCUGGUAAACACUCACCGUUUUACUUUUCUUGAUAAGCUUUUGUCCAUUUAGUCGGAGCUUGUUGCUGUAGAAGCUAUCUUCAAUUUUACUGUUGGAAUGAAAAAAAAAAAAAAGAUUUUAUGGAUGGAACAGUUGCUUGCUGUAGAUUUUUGUUUUUUUCUUUUUAAAAAUGUUAUUGCAACGAAAAUCAGCAUGCCUCAGUGAAGUCUUAACAACCAUCAUACACUAGACUGAGUUUGCAUGUUGUCUCCGUGCUUUAGGGCUUUUCUUGGCGUAUUUGUUUCCUCUCAGAUUCUAAAAACCUGCAUGUUAGGUUAAUUGAAGACUAACUUGCCCUUGGGUGUGAACGUGAGUGUUAAUGGUUUGUGUAUUAUCUGCGGUGCCUCUUGCCCAAAGUCAGCUGGGAUAGGCUCCAGGACAGCUGCAACCCGAAUGAGGAUAAACGGGUAGUAGCAGAGCGCAUAUAGACAAACAACCCUUCCCGCCUACAGACAAUUUAGUCUUAAAUUAACCUAACAUGCAUGUUUUGGGAAUGUGGGCAUAAACCGGAGUACUUUUAGGAAACCCACGCAAGCACAAGACGACGUGCAAUUUCCACACGCAGGCCGGAGCUGAGAUUUGAACCCAGAACCUCAACUUAGGCAGAUGUGUUAACCACUAUGUACUAAAGUACUUUAUAUAAAUAACAACUAUUAGAAACAUCACAGUAUUAGUAGCAUAUUGGAUACUGGUUUAGUCAUAAUGUGUGAGACUUACUUGCGCGCCAUGUCCAAGCCAGCUCUUAAAAUGACAUCAUAACGAAAGGACUGCACAUAUUUCUCAAUGUCUUUAUAGUCUUUUGGAACAUUUGGGUCCUCAUCCACCUCAUCCUCAGAAUCGCUGCUCUCAGGGUCUUUUUCUUCCUCUUCCUCUUCAUCCGUUGGCUUAGCAGCACCUUUCUUCCUGUUGCUUUUGAACCUCAGCUGAUGGACCGACAGACUCCUGAUGGCAUCCCUGCUGCAGAGAGCCGGCCGGUGGCCACCCAGUGUGGGGUAGGCGGAGCAGCCCCACAGCUGGCGUGUAUGGAUGGUCCUGGGACACCAUUCAGUCUGUGCCGGUCCAUAACCAGCAGCCAGUAGAUGGCGCGGGUUCAGCCUUCCUAGCUGCCUCAUGGCAAGAGCUUGGACCACCAAACUGUGCAUGUUGGAGCGCCAGCCAGUCACUAAAAAAAACAAAAAAAAAAGUUGUUGUCACUAAAAUACAAGGUUAUAGUUGACGAAAACGAAAGAAACAACUGAGUUGGAAUAUUUGAAAAUAUAUACAUUCAUUUAAAUUUAAAUUAAAAAAAAAAAAUCUGCAGUCCUUUACUCUGAAGUCUCGCGAGAUUACCGCAACCUGUUCGUUACUGCUUCGAAAACAUCUUCGGUUGUCGCUCGCUGAAAUAUGAAUGGAGGGUGAGGAUUUUGAACUACAACUGGAAAGCGUCUUGUGCCUUCAUUGUCUUCAAGUCCGUCGAAAUAUGCAAACAAUUGAAAAUCAAACAACAGGGCGUGUCAGUGCACUGUUUAUUUGCGCGUACGUUUUGGAGUUUUGGUUUUGUUGUUGUUGUUGUUGCGUGAGACGAGAUCGGCUUCCUCUUUAAACGAGCCCGACACUCGGCAGGUCGAGACCGAGGUGAGACUAACUGGAAAGCCGUGGCACAUAGCAAGUUUUCGCAUGCACCACGAUGAAUAAUAAUCAUAUAAGAUGCUCAAUCCUAGUGUCACGUUGUUACUCCAUUGCAGGGAAAUCAAACACAUAUGUUGUAGUCACUCACCUAGAAAAUAACCUCGCAUAGCUUGUUUUGCUAAUUCGUCGUUUCCCAUUUAUUGUUGUUGUCGCGUCACUUGUCAUCUCGCCGUGCUGCCACCUAUCGUUUGGGAGGACAUCUUACAGUUAGUACACUGUAAGACGUGUUUACAACAUCACAGCAAAAUUGUACUUUAAAAUGUUCACCGCAGGUAUACAUGAAUGAAUUUGAAAGUCUUAACUAUUCCAUUGUGCAAAGGGACUGACGUGUGUGUGGGGGGUGACACACACAAAAGACAUGGGCUUGUACUGACGUUUAUUGCAGAUAUUUUCCAGCAUAGGAUGGUUGAUUACAUAUUUGUAAACAUAAUCACCUUUUUAUACAGUCAUUGGAAUAUUAGGACAACAAUAAUACAACUUUGUACAAUAAGUAACAAAUUAGAUUUGUUAUGUGUUAUGCCUUUUAGUGUGUCAUCUUAAUAGUACCUCAUUAUUUAUUGUAUUAUUUAUUAUUUUUUGUUAUAAAUUUCCAUCAACAUUUAGCAUCACAAUUUAUAGUCUUGUAAUUUCAAGUGCAUAAUACUGGUUUGACUACAUUGUUGUGAACUCGAUAUUUGCUAGACUAUGUUCACCUGUUACAUAAUUUAAAAAAAAAAAUCAAUAUUAUAAAAUGUCUAUGGUGUACCAAGUGUGUAAACAUAAGUGCACUAACAUCUUUGCAUUACUGUAAUUGUAUGUAAACUGUAGUUGAAAGAGGUGGGGAAAGCUCUUCCGGAGAUGUUGUGACGUUUGCAUGAACCGUUCCUUACUAAGCUACAUAGUUGGUACGGGACGACAUAAUGUACGCUGGUGGCUCACAUUCAGUUAUGCUUCUUCAACGCGCUGCGUUGGGACAUAAUUAUGCAAUUGUGGGCAUGGAAAAAUAACAGUCAAACUGAAAGAGAUUUUCAGAAUCAUAUUGAGCAAACAGAAUUUUGACUUCGGUGUACUAGAGUGUGUCCUGCGAUUGGCUGGCGAUCAGUCCAGGAUGUCGUCGGCCUCUUGCUCUAAGUUAGCUGGGAUAGGCUACAGCUCACCCGCAAACCUCAUGAGGACGAGCGCUGCUGGCAAAAAAAAAAAAAAAAACAUUCUGAGCAAUGUCAAAGUCUGAAAAGAUGUUUUAAAAAAAAUAAUUUGUGUGAUCUGCUUCAUUGUGUGGUGUACAACAAAAUAUGCAGCAGAGGGUAGAUAAAAUGUCUCCUCCUGUGAUUAGAAUAAGUAGGCAGCACGGUGGCAUGACGUCACAGUGAGGAUGGUUUGAAUCUCUCAGAGUGGAGUUUGCAUGCUCUUCCCAUUGGUUUUCUCUGGGUACUCCGGCUUCCUCCCCCGUGCCCAAAAACAGUUUUCAGUCAGGUGAAGCCUUUAAAUUGUCCUUGUGCGGAUGACAUUGUGAAUGGUUGUUUGUCUAUAUGUGCCCUAUGAUUGGCUGGCGACCAGUCUCGGGUGUACCCCGCCUCUCGCCCGAAAUCAGCUGGCACCCGUGACGCUAAAUGAGGAAAAGCGAUAUGGAAACUGAAUGGCUUGACAGAUCAUGACAAGUAACAUGACUAAAUAAAUGAACUGAAAAUAACAGCAAGCGGCGUGUAUUGUGUGGCACAGAUUCGGGUUUCAUUCCGCUGCCUUUGAUAUGCAUCAGUGCAACUAAUAUAUGGAAUUGAUAUUUUCCAUUUUACCUUCCACUUGAGAUGAUCCUACUUAGGUUUUUGCAGUUAUUGCUGUCCUUAGAAAUAGGUCGUCUAUGGAAUAUGGAACUCAUCAAAGUUGCCAAGGGACUUGUCACUCAUGAUGCAUUUGUUACACAUAUUUCAAUGACCACUUUUAGAUGUGUGCAUUUUUUCGAGUCCAGCUCUUGUGAGGUAACUGCAGCGCCACUUUUAUAUGUCAAGAUCUUAAAAGCUAUGGCAACGAUGUGCAGUGUUAACAGUCUUUGUCCGCGCAGAGGUUUCACAUAUCAUUAAUCACACUUAUUGCUUUGGUGAUUCACACAUUCAGGAUUUCGGCAUUUGUUUGUGUAUCUCACAUGCAGCCAAGUGUUU